AAUAACGACUACAUUAUUUGGAUCUUGAAAGAGGCGGUAUUUAUUGGAUACAAUAUAACACUCGCAAUCGAUGCAUAUGCACAAUGCACAAUUCUAUACUUACAUUCCUUUCAGCGAUCACAUCACGAUUAUUCAUAAUUUUUUUUGCAGUACAUACGUACAGUAUAUAGCUACAUCUUUUCUCCAAUGGUAUGAUCGGGCCGCGUUCACUCAUUCCAGGAUCAGCUGCUUCCCCGGGCCUCUUGUUCCUGCGUUGCAAUGAGUGCAUAAAUUGCGAUUCAUUUGUCCCAUGGCUGGUUAAAGCCCCAUAGCAUGUCAAGGUUUUUUCCGUUUCCGUUCAUCCAAAUCCUGAUGACCGUUGCUGCCACUGUUGCAACACCAUCGGGAUUCAAUUGGAAUUCUACCAGAUUCGUUUAUGCGUUUGGAGACUCCUACACCUUUGUGCAGGGAACAUCUGGCUAUCCCAACUUUAGUUUUAUCGGGGAUGUGUUGGAUCUUGCCUUCACUCCUCAGAAAAUAUUCUCCGACGACAUCAUCCCAAAAAAUACAAGUUCAGAAGGCUCGAACUGGAUAGAAUAUUUGACCGGGUGUUUCGAAGGCAGUCCAACUCUCUGCGAGAAACAAUUGUGGAAUUUCGCUUUUGCUGGAUCCGAUAUAGAUGCUGCUCUUUUACCUCGACACCACAAUUUCACGACGUCGCUUGUGGAGCAAGUCGCACAAUGGACUGAAUACGCCUCCGAUGUUCUUCCUCAUCCCGAAAAUGAAACAUUGACUUUUUGGUGGAUUGGUAUCAACGAUACAGGAGAUACCAUGAAUAAUGCCUCGAUCCUCGACUUUGCUGCAUUCUGGGAAACGGAAAUGACUUCGUAUUUCAGUGCAGUGCAAAUGGCUUUCGAUAACGGACUGAGGAAACAUCUUUUUAUCAAUGUCCCUCCGGAAGAUCGUAAUCCAGCUACAGUGGGGAACGCCACUGCCGCAGCGGAGAUGAAAGAACAUAUCGCGUUGUUCAACUCUGCUCUUGCGAAUCACACCAUUGCAUUUUCCGAAAGAAACCCUAAUGCCACUGUAAUGACAUUCGACGCGAACGCAGUCUUCAACAAUAUCUUGGACAAUGCGGCCGAGUUCGGAUUUACAAAUAUCACUGGAUUUUGUACUUGUACAGAUCCCGAAGGCUUCUUCUGGUACAAUACCGGACACCCCACUCAGGCUGUUCACAAGCUAGUGGCAGACACUUUGAGGUCUCAACUAGAAUCUGGAAGUACUUGAAGUUUAAAGAGCGUUUUGAUCAUCAUCCUCGCUGAAGCAAGUGCCGCUGGAAAAUGCAAGGAGUGGAUAGACGGUAAAAAUGACAAAAAGGCGUAAAGAUUAUCAUGAAGCUUUUCCCUUCAGUCACUAGUCACUGAGUAUGGUAUACAAACUGUUGUAGCAGGACCAGAGAAC